GCUGCUACCCACCACUCCUUCUCCUUCUUCCAGCUCCCCUCCCCAUCGAUGCUGCCCACCUCUCCCUCUCCUUCCUCCGCCUCCCUCACCAUUGGGGCUCCCCACCUCUCCCCCUCCUUCCACCUCAAGCCGCCAGCUCUUCCACAAGCAAGCGGGGCUGCGACGACUGUCCAACGACAACUGCCGCGAAGCUUCAACACCGGUGCUACGACGGGGCGUCGACCGGUGUUGUGGACGGGAGAAGCCUUCAGCGCCGUGGACAGGAGAGUCCACCGGUGGUUCAACUUCAACGACGUCCAUUGCUGGAACCGGCUCAUGGCGGUGCUGGAACCAGCACUAAUUUUUGCUACCAUCGGCACUUUGGGAAGUUUUUUGCUACAUCCAUGCAUGGCUCCAGAGUCGGCGAGAAACACCGGAGACGACGACGGCGAGGGGCGGCAACCGGCGGCGAGGGGCGGCAACCGGCGGCAAGGGCGCGGGCGGCGGCAAGCGCGACCCGUCAUGGACGCGGGCUGUUGGUCAACGCACGAGAGGAGGCAUAAGGACGAAGCGGUACGUUCAAAGGAUGCCGCAUCCAGCGGCAGGGCAUAAACAGAUCGAGCGGCUACGCGCUGACCGGCCCAAAUUUGAACCGACGCACCGGCGCCUAUAAGCGCCCUUUGUUAUACACUAGCAAGUGUAAUUUUUGUUACUACCUCCAAUGUUCUCUGUACUACCGUAACUGAUUUAUGAACAGAGUACCAAUGCGUCGA